CCGCCCCUUUCCUCUCCCGGUUCGUGCUCCUCUGCCGCCAAGACUCUCUUCCCUUCACCCUCUGCAGAGGACCGGGCAGGCGUCAUUGACUGGAGGCCUGCCGGUUCUGUAGAUUCGGUAGAACCGGACCGCCGGCCUCUCGUGGUCUGAAUGGAGGGGGGUUUCGUGUCCCGGCGACCGUCUCUGGACGCUUCGGGCGUCGACAGGCGGGUCGCAGCCUCCGCCGCCGGGACGGAGAUCCGGAUUCUGGGCGGCAGGUUGAUGACCGCCUCGGAGGGGCUGCUCGGGCCGUUCUCCCCGAGCGCGGCCGGGGAGCAGGACUUUGUGUCGGUGUUGCACCGGAGCCCCGCGGAGACUCCGACCUCUGCGGAGGCAGACUCGGACUAUGAAGGGCUGCCGGACGGCGCGUCCACCAGCACGCACAUGCUGGCGGGCUCCGUGGCUGGAAUCAUGGAGCACUGCCUCAUGUACCCCAUCGACUGCGUCAAGACGCGGAUGCAGAGCCUCCAGCCCGAGCCCGGAGCGCGCUACCGCAGCGUGACGGACGCCCUGCGGCAGAUCAUCCGGACCGAGGGCGUCUGGAGGCCCAUCAGGGGGGUGAACGUGCUGGCGGUGGGGGCGGGGCCAGCGCACGCUUUAUACUUCGCCUGCUACGAGAAAAUCAAGUUCUCUCUGAGCGACGCCAUCCAUCCUGGAGCCAACAGCCACUUCGCUAACGGAGCGGCCGGCUGCAUGGCCACGGUGCUGCACGACGCCAUCAUGAACCCAGCAGAAGUUGUGAAACAGCGGCUGCAGAUGUUCAACUCUCCGUACCGUGGCGUGCUGGACUGCAUGGGCUCUCUGCUGCGGCGCGAAGGCCCCGCCUCCUUCUACCGCAGCUACACCACCCAGCUGACCAUGAACGUGCCGUUCCAGGCGCUCCACUUCAUGACGUACGAGUACCUGCAGGAGCUGCUCAACCCCCACAGACAGUACAACCCCUCCUCCCACGUGGUGUCGGGCGCACUGGCCGGCGCCGUGGCCGCCGCCGCCACCACCCCGCUGGACGUCUGCAAAACCCUCCUCAACACUCAGGAGGCCGUCCACGUGGAGGCGGCGGGCGGGGCCGUGGGGGCCGCCAACGGCCGCCACAUCUCCGGGCUGGGGGAGGCUUUCCGGACCGUGUACAGGAUGGGGGGCGUCCCGGCGUUUUUCAGGGGCGUCCAGCCGCGGGUCAUCUACCAGAUGCCCUCCACCGCCAUCAGCUGGUCCGUGUACGAGUUCUUCAAGUACGUCCUGACCAAGCGGCAGCACCAGCGGAGGCUGCGAGGAGACGGAGACAGAUAGACGGCGGUCCGGCGGCGGCUCGGCCCGCCGGGAUCACGGCUCCUGAUCCGGCACGGACGCUGGAGUCUUCAUCCUCUGAGGAAAACCUUUGCUGCUUUUCACUGAAGUGACUCAUAAAUAGGAAAGUUUGAGUUUGAUGGUGGAGGACCGCCCCCACCUCCACGCCGCUGGAAGAACGUCGACCCCCAGACCCCCAACUUUACACUGGUUAAAGUGUAAACGCCCCAAAAACAUCUUACAAUCCUGAUUCUGUUGGAGUCGGAACCUCUACAGACUCCAGGAACAAAAAUCCCAAAUAUAAAAAUGAGCUGCAGUCGCUCCGUAUGACCACCAGGGGGCGACAGGUCCGCCCUGUCCUGAUCAGAGGCAGAAAAAGCAGCACAGGAUCAGGGGGAGGAGCUUAGGCUAGGUUCUGAGGUGGAGAACUAAUCAGGUUUGGGUUUUCUUCAGUAUUUAUUUCCUCUAAACAUGAGAUUUAGUGCAGAACUUUCAGUCAGCCGCCAUGAAACCGACGCACAACGACUCGACUCGGAGGGGCCGAGACCCGACGACGUCCAACCCGCUACGUCUGAGCUACAAAUGGAAGUUUCUGCAGAUCUUUGCUCCUCUAAGGAUGCAAAGGAUUAUUUUAAAUGAAAGUAAAUGUGUGAAUGUGAGAAAUGUUCUGGAAACCAAAGUCGGUCAGCAGACGCUGCUGCAGGUGUCGCUGCAGGUGACGCUGCAGGUGACGCUGCGUUUGUGAACUGUAAAUAAAGAGGCUCCGGCAGCUCCUCGCAGAAGCAGGGUCUUCUCUUGGGGCUGGAUCUCCAAGCGCUGAA